AUGGUUGCUAAACAAUGGUUGUUUGAGUACAUGACAGACUUGACAUUUGAGUUCCGGAAACAGGACUCGCCGGAACGAUACCAACGAGAGGCUCGACUUCGUGAAUUCUGCUACAACGGACUUACGAAGUGGCAUGUGCCAGAGAUCGUCGCUCACUGCGUUGCGCAUUGCCUUGCUGCUCUUCUGGUCCUUGCCAUCGCCAGGGCCUUAGCUUCUUCAUAUUCUAUAUUCACAAGGUGUCUCUAUAAACCCCCUAUCUUCCAACACAAACCAUUUGAAUCAUACUCAAUCGCCGGACGAAAAAAUUCCACGCCAGAGCCUGACGAUCCAAGAAGCAAAUGGGUCGGUCCUAUAGAAAACCAUAGGAACGAGAAGGAAAACAUAGAACGGCAUGCAUCCGAUUUAGACAAGAAAUGCCUCGAGCGCUUGAAAGAAUCAACGAGAAACGAGAAGCGAGUCAACUCGCCCGUCUGGGCUACCGAACAACUUGAAGGAAUCUACAGCAGCGGUGCACAGCCCGCGGUAUAUAUCGUCGACAAUACCGUCAGGAGUCGAAAGGACAAUACCGCAGCAGAUGGAAGGAAUAGGAACGAAGACCCUUCAAUACUCAGAGGGGCCAUUCCUUUACCGGUGAGGGACUAUGGAAGCGUUCUAUUAUUAUCUCAGAACAACCAACUCGGUUCUAGCUUACAGCGAAGUGCAAAAAAAUCUGCCGGUUUCGAUUCGAACGGGUAA